GGCCGGGCACUAUGUGAAAAGUUUGGAGGCUAAAAUUGAAAGGGGAAAGAGAGGGGAAAGGAGAAAAGUAAUGAUAUAAAGUAACCAUGGUUGGGGCCAUAGGGUCCGGAAAAGGCGGAAGGGUUAACCAUGGUUGGGGGCAUAUGGGUGGUAAUGAUUCAUAAUUAGUGUGCUAUAUAUAAAGGAGGAAGAGCAGAGGAGUAACCAUUGCAGCUCAUUAAUCGACUUCUGCUGUCAAUUCAACAUCUUGGGAUCCCAUGAAUUUCUCUGCUGCUGCUGCUGCUGCUGCUUCUUCUCCUUCCUGAUCACUCCAACGCCCCCAUCAUCUUCUCAAGCUCAACCCUUUCCUCCAUUCACUGGAUUGCAAGGCUCAUCCUUGAUUUCCAGUGCUAGUUCCUGGAUCAGAGCCUCCUUCUCCGCAAAUCUAAAUCCCAAAACUCCAAUUUGGAGCAGCAUGGGACUAUCGAGUCUCCCAGCCCCAUCUGAAGGAGUACUGUGUGUGCUUCUGGUGAACACAGCUCUCUCCAUCUCCAUCUUCAAGGGCAUAGUCCGGGCCAUCCUCCAUGUCAUUGGAAUUCACCUCUCCGCAAACCCAUCCUCCUCCGACUCCCCUGAACCCACCUCAGAGCCCUUUGAGUUUAGGCGGAACCCAUCUGAGACCUGCAUGGAGGAAUUCAGGAGCAGGAACCCAGCAAUCAGGUUUGACACAGUGUGCUCCUGCAAGCGCCUUGAACAUGACUGUGCGGUUUGCUUGACUCGAUUUGAACCAGACUCUGAGAUAAAUCACCUGCCUUGUGGCCAUUUUUUUCACAAGGUUUGCUUGGAGAAGUGGCUGGACUAUUGGAACAUCACCUGCCCUCUGUGCAGGACUCCCUUAAUGCCGGAAGAGGAAACAUCUUGCUUUUGGUAAGCAAUAUCUGGGAGAAUCACAAGUUGAGGAAAUAUUCAAAUAUCACUGUACAGCUUAUGUAUAGGUGUUUUACAUGAAUAUCAUCAGCUAGGUGUAUCUUUUAUUCAUAUGUUAGUUAUAUGCUCCAGUUUUAUGCCUUUAUGUGAAGAAUCUAUAUGAUAUCAGGGUCACAUAUCCCAUGUCUAUAUAUGUAUAUAUAUAUAUUGUACAUGUUGUGAGGUUUCUGAUGUUUUGUGCAUCUUUUCUUCCAUCUAAAGCUGUGGGGUUUCCCUUUUUUUGAGAUUUGGAUGGAUGUUUGCCUUUCUCUUCUCCAGAAUGCCACUAAACAGGACAAGACUUUGAAAAAGGAUGCUUCCUAAUUAGCCCAGAUGGCUUGCGAGUGGGCACCUAUGGUAAUGGGUUAUGAGUCUCACUUUGGUUGCUAAAAUUCAUGGAGACGACCUCCUUCAAAGAAGAACAAAAAUGAAACGCCCACAAGUUAUGAAGGGAGCAGAUUUAGGAAAACCUCUUCAUGUCAUAAACAGAAAUGAACCCAAGAGUCAUUUCUCUUUCCCUGAAAGCUGAGUACUGAUUCAUUGCAUUUUUUUUUUUGAUACUUGAGUGGUUCAUCCCAAUGAUGAUUCUAAGAGUUUAGAGCCAAUGGUGGUAGGGCGAGUUCCACCAAAAGAAUCCAACAUGUUUUUGCUUUGGUUAUUUCUCCUAAGGCUCAAAGAUCCUGGGUGUUCUCUUCAGCCUCUUUGGUCCUGGGUGAUGGGCCACCAAGCAAGCAACAAUGUUGAACACUCUAUCCUUUCUGGUUCAUCUCCUGGAUUUCAUCGGAGAAAUGGGUCAUUUUUCUGCUGCAACGAAGUUAUUAUAUUUUCAUUUUAUGAAUCAUAAAAUCUUCCAUAAUCAAUCUGCUUAAUGGAUUGCAGGUCUAACUAACAUGAGCUUUUCCCUUUUAUCUUGGAAUGGAUCCUUGAUUUGGUCGUCAUGUUCUCAUUGCAGUUUUCAAGCUAUGGCAUACAUGAGCAAAAUCCCCUUCAGAUUAUUAGUUUUCAGACCACAAAUUUUGAAAUUUGAAAAUUGGUUGGUUCACUGGUAAGCCCUUUCUACAAAGGUUUUAAGGGUGAAUCAUAACAGCAUAUGGAGGGAACAAUAGUAUCAUAGGUUGACACACAAAUUCCACCCAAAAACCGUAUUUUGAAUGCAAUUGUACUUGAAUUCUUGGAUAAUCUGAUGACAUCGUUGCAUUGC